UUCUUUAAGGAACUGAGGCCAGUUAGUCAGUUGUCAACAGGCUGCGCGAGGAAACGAGCCGUUGGUUCGACUUGGUACGUGGAGCUGAAAACACGAACGCGUCGCGAGGAGCCUUUGACCCGUGUGAGAGUUCAGUUUUGGUCGGUGCAUCCAGAUAAAAAAAAGAAAAAAAAAGAAAAAGAAACAUGAAGUCUCCCGGACACGAAGCCCCCUGAGCACCAUGAACAUGUGAAACUUGACUCUCCAGCAGGCAGAUGAAAGUCCCAGGCUGGAUUGAAUGGCAGUAAGGAUACAAGACUGCGACUCAGUGGGAGUACUGCAAUGACUAGCCAGCCUCCUAGCCAUGCAGAGAGUGCUCACUCCACAAAAAAACAGCCACCUGCUGUGUCCCCCAAGCUCCAUGUCCAGCGAUCGCCAUCAAAGGAGACCAUCACCAUCCACUUCUCAGCUCUUGGGAAGGAAGAAGAGGAGGAGGAGGAGGAGGAAGAGCUUUACAUGACAAAUGUCUCCACUACCUCAGCUGCUCAGGAUGAUUCAAACAUUGUGACAGCCUUAGAAGCAUGUGAGGAGAUGUUCGAACAGCUGCCAGCAGACUCUGCAGCUGAGGUUCCUGUCAUUCCUGAAUCCUCCAGACUUUCUCCACUUUCUAGACGUCACACUAACAGUUCUCCCACACAGACUCUAUCAUCACGUGUUGCUGAGCCAAAAGGCUCAACUUCCUCUCCUACUAAAUCUUUGAGCUUUCCCUCAAGUGACAAACCCUUCCUUAGCUUAGUGAAGUCUCUCUCCUCUGACAUUGAGUCCCGUGAUGGGAUCCCCUCUGUUCCUGUACCUACAGUAAGGCAUAGGCACCUGAUGAAAACUCUAGUCAAAUCGUUAUCUUCAGAUACAUCUCAAGACUCAUCCUCUUCCUCCUCCUCCUUCACACCCUACCGUCUUCCAGAACCCCGCCUUAACCUGCAGCUCUUCAAGCAGUUCACACAAUCCCGGAUGCCGUCUGCUACCGCGUCGUCAGCCAGUGAUUCUAAAACCGCCCCUUCUUCUCCGUUAACCUCACCAGAUAAUCGCAGCUUCUUCAAAGUCGCAGAAGUUGAAGCAAAAAUUGAAGACACUAAGCGCCGUCUCUCUGAGGUCAUUUCCGAACCACUCCAACUGCUGAGUAAAAUCAUGGAUGAAAAGAGUGGCAGCAUUUACCGCCCCAAGCCCCUCUCCGCCAGUGCCACAGAACUCUCCAACAUUGCUGCUAUCAAUGGUCACUUGGAGAGCAACAACAAUUACUGCAUCAAGGAGGAAGAAGGAGGUGAUUGGGAGGCUGAGAGCCCCAACAGCGGGGCUUCUGGUGAAUCACCUGUUCCCCUUUCCAUUGACACUAAAAGCCCCAACAAGUCAUCUUUACUUUCCCUGUCACUGGACAAAUGCUCUAUGUCUGCUCUUGUUAAACAAGAGGAUGAGGAUUAUUGUAUCCUGUACAGCGAGGACUUUGAGACGUGUACUGACACAGAAGGUGAUGGUGGGGAUAGAACUGAUGAUACCGGAACAGGGAGUCAUACUAAAGUGCCACUAAGUGGUAGUACAGAACCAUGCAGUGAAGAUGAAUCCGAAAGUAUUGAGCCAGCGCCUAGUGUUCCACACUAUACUCUGAUCAUCCUUACUCUACUGGUCUAUGGGUAUUUUGUAUUACCUCUGCCCGAUUACGUAGGAGGGAUGCUAUUUGGGAUUGGACUGGGGUUCCUUUUAGCCAUUGGGGUUGUAUGGCUGACGGGACCAAAACCUUCCGGCAGUAGUUUUAGACAUUCCAGACACAGGAAGCUGUGGAAUCUGACCAAGUUGGACAUUAAGGAACCAGAAAUUUAUAAGGGCUGGAUGAAUGAGAUCUCAAACUAUGACCCAGAGACGUACCACGCCACACUGACACACUCUGUGUAUGUACGGGUGGAGGGCUCUAUCAUUCGUCUGUCUAAGCCCAACCACAACAUCGCCCGCCGUGCUACACACAACGAACCAAAACCCGAUGUGACUUACAUCAGCCAGAAGAUCUAUGACCUCACCAACAGCAAAGUAUAUUUAGUUCCUCAUGGCCUAGCCAGGAAGCGUUUAUGGAACAAGAAAUACCCCAUCUGCAUUGAACUUGGAAAACAGGAUGAUUUCAUGUCAAAGACCGAGGGUGACAGGUGGGAGGCCAGCGAGAGCUCCAGCACAAAGGACAGGGGAGAGGGGACAGGAGGAGCACAGGAGAGGAGGUCAUCUUCCAGCAGAGACCUGACCCUCUACCUGUUUGGGAGGACUGGGAGGGAGAAGGAGGCGUGGUUCCAGAGGUUUUUGUCAGCCUCCAAGCUCAAGGUGGACUCAAAGAAAGCUUCAAGUGUUGCGGUGACUAAGAGUGCUCUGAACUCUCACAGUCGCAGAAGCAGCCGCAGCAGUCUGGAUGAGACACUGGCAUCUCAGCCCAGGUCAAAGGACUCCUUGGCCUCCGCAACAACAGCAGGCAAUGCCAAAUCCAAGCCGCUAUUGGACUACAGUGUAUACAUGGCCUCCAUACUGCCAAAACAGGCGUCAGUCAGCCCUAAGGCUGCCAGUCCUACUCUCCAGAGUCCUCAGAGCAGCCCUGGGGCUGAUAAGAAGCUUCAGAGCACCACUUCAGCUCAAGCGCAGCCCAGUGGGGAGGAGGAAGAUGAUACUGUUAGCUGGGUAAAUGCAGCUCUAGGCCGAGUCGUCUGGGACUUCCUGAGUGAGCCCCACUGGGCUGAACUAGUCUCCAAGAAGAUUCAGAUGAAGCUCAGCAAGAUACGGUUGCCUUACUUCAUGAAUGAGCUAACCCUGACAGAACUGGACAUGGGCUCAGCCACUCCCAGAAUCCUUGGGGCAUCUAAACCCUCCAUUGACUACCAAGGUCUGUGGUUUGACCUAGAAAUCUCCUACAGUGGUUCCUUCCUGAUGACCCUGGAAACAAAGAUGAAUCUCAUUCGCCUGGGCAAGGAGGGAGAGAGUGUGCGCUUAGGGGAAUUUGGCAAAGAUGGAUACAGGCCACGGACUUACUGCCUGGCUGAUAGUGAUGAGGAGUCAUCCAGCGCAGGCUCAUCAGAUGAAGAAGACUCCUCAGAGCUUUCAAAUGACUCAGCUGGAGCAGAGGGUUGGGCUGGAGGACAUAAACCCAGCAAGAUCAUGCGCUUCGUGGACAAGAUCACCAAAUCCAAAUACUUCCAGAAGGCCACGGAAACAGAGUUCAUCAAAAAGAAGAUGGAGGAAGUGUCUAACACACCCCUUCUGCUCACAGUGGAGUUGCAGGAGCUCCGAGGAACACUGGCUGUCAACAUACCCCCUCCGCCCACUGACAGGAUAUGGUAUGGCUUUAGGACACCACCUCACCUGGAACUGAAGGCACGACCUAAACUGGGAGAAAGAGAAGUCACUCUGGCUCAUGUUACAGACUGGAUAGAGAAAAAACUGGACCAGGAAUUCCAGAAAAUCUUUGUAAUGCCAAACAUGGAUGAUGUGUGGCUGACUAUCAUGCAUUCUGCCAUGGACCCACGCACAGCUGGCGGACCCUUAGUUUGCCCUGCAGUGGACCCAGAGCCUCCCCAGCCAGACAGGGACAGCACCAGCCAGCCAUAAAGAUUGUUUACAGUAUUUCCUAGAGCUUAUGAUGUCUCAAAAUGGGAACUGGAGCCAAAGUCAAUAAGUCAGACUCUACUGUCAUAGAAAUACAUUCCCGUAGUGAGUGGGUUUCUCACUUACCGUACAGGAGACAACCUGAAUUUUAAAGGAAUGAGGUAGAGUCACGCAUGGAAACACUAAAGAUAAACUGUUGCUUGCUGCUGUGUUCAGUAGUAUUUAUCUUGCCUGAAGAAAAUUGUCUUUUGAAGGAUUUAUAUGACGGUAAAGACCUAUUGAAUAGGUACUGAUAUGUGAAGAGAUAUGGCUCCGAAUUGGGGUUGCUUUAAGUUAAUGAGGCGAAUAUAUGGGGGUAUACAAAAACAUAAUGUCAUAUGAUAUCCUUUGAUGUGAAAGCAUUCACCAGAUACCUUACAGACUGCAGAUUACAUGUUUCUGCUAAGGCUAGAGAGCGAGAUGGAGUAUGGUAGUAGCCCCUUUAUUCUACAAACAUUCUAACAGUAAGUGGAGAUUUACAAUAUAAUGUAUGGUGAUAUUAGGGGUAUUUCAUAUUGAAUGGUUAGAGUGUGAUGGAGAGUUGUCAUUUCUGUUGUGGAGAAAUAAAGUGUAAGCAGGUUUAAGAAGUGUACUGGAAAAAUUCAGAUACUUGAUGUUAGGUUAAUGUACUAUAACAUUAAACCUUAAAGUGGCUUUAUGUCAGCAGUUUUUGAUCAGGUGUUAACAGUUGACAGUAUUCAUUUGUGCUGUGACCACACCCUAAACACCUCCCUUCAUUUGCCAAGAUCUUUUUUUUUAUGCCAAUGAUGCCCUUACCCAUGUCUAUAUGGAAAUAAUUCUUAGGAGCAGACAUGCAUUAUUUAGGAAAAGUGUCAUUCACUAUGUCUAUUCCAUACUAAUGACAAAUACACAACCCAAUAAGUGCAAUGAUAGAAACGCUACAUAGGCUAUAGUACGAUCUUGUAUAGAUAUAUAAAAAUGUAUGUCUAAUGCGGAGUGCGAGGCCUCUAACACAUCUGUUGAAUGUAUGUAUGGAUAGUAUUUUGUUCCUAUUGUUAUUGUAUGACAACAGUUUUUGCCCAGUCACAUUUUGACCGUGGUAUGCAAAUUAUUGCACAAAUGCAAGUGAAGGUUUUCUUUUUGUUUUUUUCUUCUGAUAAACACUAUCUUAUCUUGCAUAUCUUUUUUCUUUUUUUGUGUGUCAUUCAAUCGUUCGUUUAUGGCGUACCAGGUGGUGUAACCUGUUUAUCUAUACAUCAUUUAUACUUAACUGUGUUAAUGUUUAUAAAGAUGAAGAUGAUGAUAUUGUUGGAAGUGAAUUUAAAUGACCAACUUUGAUAUAUGACAGUGCUUUAAAAAGACUCGCCGCCAUGCUGUAUGUACACAAUUGGAUGAAGUCAUGGUACGUACUGUACAGUAGAGCAUCUAUUGCCAAGAAUGUAAAGCCUUAUCCACAGUUUCCCUUUCAGAAAAUACCUUUUUAACUGUGUCAUGUUUCUAAUUUUAACCAAAGUCCUUUUUGAUUAGGCCUACAGUGCCAGAUCUCUCUGCUUAAAGGUACACAUCCUGUAUUGAUACAGUGUGGUGAGGUAAUAUUUACAAUUGUGCUACAAUAUCUGCAUUAACAUUGUUUACAGGAGUUCUUCUUAUUAGGAUACUAAAGCACAGUAAUAUGAAAUGGAUUGUUUUCUGUAUGAUUGUCUUUCCCUUUAUGCCUUGGUUCCUUGUUAAGUAUUUGUUUUUGAAUGACUACAUGAGGUGGGUUAUGGUUGUAUUUUUUUGUGUACUUCUUUGGAAUAAACAGAAUGAAAUGAGAUUUUGAGGAUAUAUGAAGAUAUGCCAUGAUUUGUAUCUGUAAAUUAUUAAUGACUUUUUAAAAUUAUCAUCAUUUUAAAGCCAAAUUCAGUGAUUAUGUGUAUCUGCCUUAUUUAUAGAGCAAAAUAAAUUUCUGUUGAUGAA